UCGUUGUUGCUAUUAUUUUCUUUAAUUAACUUUAAGACAAGUCCUCUCUCUUACCGUGUCCUUGUCCUUCAAGUCGGUUUUUCUAAACAUUUCUUUCAAUCUAAAGUGCCAAGAGAGAGAUUUUAUUUUUUCAGUCUUAAAACCAUCUGCUAAGGGGUUUCUCUAAACAAGACCUUUUUUUAGAGUGUUCAUUUUUUGAUUUUGCCGAAAAAGAAAAAGCAAAAGCAAAAAAAAAAAGUGGGGUAUUUGAUUUUUUCUUGAUUGGAUCUGGGGAAAAGUGCAGACUUGGUAAAAUGGGUAGUGGUUAUUUUCACUUGGGAAGUUGAAAGCUAUAUAUAUAAUAUUGGUGUUGAUUGAGAUUGGUGGUGCUUUUUUUUCUGCCAAAGGUUUGUUCUUUUUAACUUUGCUCUUUGAUUCUUUUUCCUUGCUGUUUCCAUCUUGCUUUUGAGAGAGGUGAACAAAAAGGUUGACCUUUGAUUCUUGUUGUUGGUUUUCUCGAAGUUUUUGUUAUUCAAUUGAAGAAAGUCGCAAGUGUAUAAAAAGAUCAUCUUUUUUUUCUCGAUUUCUUUCUUCUUUUUCCUUGUGGCUAUAUAAUAAAAUCUUGGAGGGAUUUCAAAAACUACUUCUUGAUUGUCGGGGCUGAACAGAAAGGAAAUUCUUGAGUUUAGAGCAGGUGGGGGUGUUUUAGAUCUUGAAAUCUAGGAAAAUGAUGUUACUUGCUGGCAUAGAAGAAGCUGUGUAGUUUUAGAUCUUGGAUUGUGGCAUAUGGGAUUUUAUUGUGUUUGCAAAGGAAUUGGCUUCAGGAAAUGAAUACUAAAGCUUUUAGCUGUAGUUAAAGGAGUUGCCUUUACUAUAUUUGGUUGAGUACUAAAUUUUAUAUAUUGGGGGUGUGGGAAGUUUGACAUUUUACUUGUAUGGAUUGAACCGGUAGUCACCUGAGGGGGCAAUGUUAAGAGCAGUAGCUCUUGGCUUGUUGAUUUCUCUUUUUGUGGUCUUGGUUUCUGGCACUGAUAAUGAGUUAGCGAGUUGUAACUGUGAUGAUGAGGGCCUUUGGAGUGUACAUAGCAUUUUAGAGUGCCAGAAGGUGAGUGAUUUCUUCAUUGCUGUGGCUUAUUUUUCGAUACCUAUUGAACUGCUUUACUUCAUUAGUUGUUCGAACGUCCCCUUCAAAUGGGUCCUUGUUCAGUUCAUAGCCUUUAUAGUGCUUUGUGGAUUGACUCAUCUUCUCAAUGGAUGGACUUAUUAUGGUCCCCACUCAUUCCAAUUGAUGCUGUCCCUCACCAUUGCCAAAUUGCUCACCGCCCUUGUCUCAUGUGCCACUGCUAUAACACUAUUAACUCUGAUCCCUCUCUUGCUCAAAGUAAAAGUGAGGGAGAUUUUCUUGAGGCAAAAUGUAUUGGAGUUAGAUCAAGAGGUGGACAUGAUGAAAAGGAAGAAGGAAGCCGGUUCUCAUGUUCGUAUGUUAACACAGGAAAUCAGGAAAUCCUUGGAUAAGCAUACCAUAUUGUACACCACUUUGGUUGAGCUUUCUAAGACCCUGGAUUUGAUCAACUGUGCCGUGUGGAUGCCAAAUGAGAAUGGAACGCAUAUGAACUUGACUCAUGAGUUGAAAGCAAGUUCUUCAAGGAGUAGUUUUCACCAGUCUAUUCCGAUGAGUGAUCCUGAUGUGAAGGAGAUAAAGGGGAAUGAAGGAGUGAGAAUCCUGAGACCAGACUCUGCACUUGGGCUAGCAAGUGGUACUGGAUCAGAAGAGGCAGGUGCUGUUGCAGCAAUCAGGAUGCCAAUGCUUCAAGGUUAUAAUUUUAAAGGGGGAACACCAGAAUUGGUGGAGACUUGCUAUGCCAUUCUGGUAUUGGUUCUUCCAAGCGCAAACUCAAGGAAUUGGUGCUAUCCAGAAAUGGAGAUUGUUGAAGUGGUUGCUGAUCAGGUAGCUGUAGCUCUAUCCCAUGCUGCAGUUCUUGAAGAAUCUCAACGAAUGAGAGAAAAACUGAGUCAGCAAAAUCAUGUGUUGCAGCAGGAAAGAAAGAAUGCAAUGAUGGCCAGCCAAGCAAGGAACUCUUUUCAGAAAGUAAUGAGUAAUGGUAUGAAGAGACCAAUGCACUCAAUUUUAGGCUUACUUUCAGUGUUUCAAGAUGAAAACAUGAACUUCAAGCAGAAGACUAUUGUUGACACAUUGGUUAAAACAAGCAGUGUCCUUUCAACUUUGAUAAAUGACGUGAUGGAGAUUUCAGCGAAAGAUAAUGGAAGGUUCCUGCUAGAUAUGAGACCUUUUAGCUUACAUUCCAUGAUUAAAGAAGCUUGUUGCCUUGCCAAAUGUUUAUCUGUCUAUAAAGGCUUUGAUUUUGAAGUUGGUGUUCAGAGCUCUUUGCCUGACCAAGUGAUUGGUGAUGAGAAAAGGACUUUUCAAGUGAUUUUGCAUAUGGUUGGCUAUCUACUGGAUAUCAAUAGUGGAGGAGAAACCGUCUUAUUCCGGGUUCUACAGGAUGUUGGUAGCCAGGAUAAGGACAAAAUAAAUGUAUGGAGAUCAAGCACACAAGAUAAUUACCUGCACUUAAAGAUUGAAAUUGAUAUUCGUGGGGGGAGUUCUGUGGCUGAUGCAUCAGUCUCAACCAAAAAUUUCUCUAGUGAGAAGCGGAAUAAGGAUGAAAUCAAGGAGAGCUUGAACUUUACGAUGUGUAAAAAGCUUGUGCAGAUGAUGCAAGGUAAUGUCUGGAUAUCAACAAACUCUGUGGGCUUUGCACAGAGUAUGACACUUCUUCUCAGGUUUCAAAUCCAGUCAUAUGUCCAAAGAACCAUGUUCGCAGCUGGAAACUCUGAGCGAUCAAAUUCCUACUCCAGGUUCAGAGGUCUACGAGUUCUACUAGCUGAUGACGAUGAUAUAAACAGGACUGUGACCAAGAAGCUGCUAGAAAAGCUGGGUUGUGAAGUGACAGCUGUUUCUUCUGGCUUUGAAUGCCUCAGUGCAGUAAGUCAUGCUGAAAAUUCUUUCAGGAUUGUUGUUUUGGAUCUUCAUAUGCCUGAAAUGGACGGAUUCGAAGUGGCAAUGAGGAUCCGUAAGUUUCGCAGCCGUAAUUGGCCAUUGAUUAUAGCCUUGACAGCUAGUGCUGAGGAUCAUGUGCGGGAGAGAUGCCUACAAAUAGGAAUGAAUGCAAUCCUUCAGAAACCUGUUUUAUUGCAAGGAAUGGCAGACGAGCUUCAAAGAGUUUUGCAACGGACAGGGGAAGGGAUUUGAGGAGCCGCUUAUACUUUAGGCCAAUGGGGACUGUAUACUUAUUCAACCCCGGGAAGGCAGGACAGGCCUUUUGAUACUUGGCCUGCCGGUAUGAGGAGGUAGUCGGUCAGGUUUUCUGCCAUCAGUUACCUAUUUGAUUUCCUUACAUGUUCCUAAACAGCUUGCCGUCCACCUGGUUAGAGCAGAGAGAUCUUCAACAUAGCAUUUGCAUUCUGUCAUUCCAUGGUAUACCAACAUGUAGGCAUUAAAUUUUGCUAACCAUUUUGCUCAUUGAACUUCAUUACCAGAAUUUCAUGGAAUGACUGGGGGUAAAAUUACUUGUACACUUAUUUAAUACCAAAAUCAAAGUUAGUGUGAGAUUUAUGAAACUGAAAACGUAUGGAGAUUAAUGUAUACCGUCAAUUCCUUUUCUUUCUAUUUCAUAGAGUAUAUCAGCAGUGUACCAUGCUAUGAUGAUAAAUUGAAUUUCAGAGCCUGGAAUAUCUUUGAAGGUUUCUCAA